GAAAGCAGAGCUGGCCGCUGGCGAGGAAGACGCCGCAUGUCCGUCCUGUUCCUUGGUUAUUAAAGUAAUUUACGAUAAGGAAGCAUUCGCAGCUAAAGAAGAAGAGCUUAUUAAAAACGAAGAUAAAGAACUCGUGGCGCAGGAAGCCUGAGAUUAUAAGCAUUCAAGUUGAUUCAUCUGCCUUUAUUAUCGGGAGAUAAAAUAAAGCACAAUGGCUAGCCGUGGCAGAGGUAGGGGCAAGCCCACUAUGUCCAUUAGCGCAGACCAGCUGGGGUUUUCCAAAGGAGAAGCUCUUCCACCGCCAGUUCUACAGCCACCGCCAAAGUAUCCACCAUUGGAGCACAAAGCAUGGCCUCUGACUAUGACCAACGAGAUGAGUUACUUAUUGGAAUUGAAGAGAGAGUAUGCGGAGUACAUGAAGGAUUCCCCGAACAAUGUUCUGCCAUUGGUGGUUAAAAAAGAUAUAGAAAGGUACUCGGACAGGUAUCAGGAUCUAAUAACAGACAAAAGGAGCUACGAAAGUUGGUACGACUGGAGUAGAAUGCCCGCAGAAUUAAAGCCUCAACCAAAGAAACGCAAGGGGCCGAGUCAGUCGAAGGGUAAAAAGAAAUCGAAGAAUGUAGACGUUGAAACCAAACUGCUGGAGCUGGAGAAGAAGGAGACGUCUCAGCGAAGCGAUGCGGAGGAAGAGGAGAAAGAGGAGGAGGAUGCCGAGGAGAAGGAGGAGGAGGAGCAAGUUGAGGAGGAAGAGGAGGAGCAGGACGAGGAGAUGGACGAAGGAACGGAUUACGUGAACAAUUACUUCGACAACGGAGAGGGUUACGACGAUGAAGACGAUAACUUAGACGAUGGACCUAUUUAUUAACAUGUAAUUUUUUAUAAGAAUCGGAAAUCCCUUUCGGUUCUCGAUCACCUGACUAGGAUACUUAACAAGCUGCCUAGUUGAGCACUGCACAGCAAUGUACAUAUACUCUCUCUACCUCUCUCACAUUCUCUCCCUACGGUUUUCUGCGUGUUUUUUUGUUUUCUUCUUUUACCGAGCUCUUGAUCGCGUGUACAGACAAUAAAUUAUAUAUAAACGUUUUAAACAAUGACGACUCCUUAACAUCCAUCCCCGUCUAGCGAUCCACAGGUGAAACUGGCAUCGAACGACGAAACGCGUCGACAUCGAUGAAGGAUGAUUCAACGAA